GCUAUGCAGGCAAGGAGGCCGUGCAUAUGCUCCAAUCCCGGGUGCAGUCUCACGUGGCUGCACAUCGUCGUGUCGACCCAGAUGUAGCGCUUUGCGAGGAGCUGCGCACAGCCACGUGGCCCACUGGGAGGGUGCUAUGCGGAGGCGAGAUUCUGACCUAUGGCUGGGACGUGUACAAUGAGCAGUGUGCCAAGUUGACUCCACGAUUCAUCAUGCAGCCAAAGACUACCGAAGAUGUGCAGAAAGCAGUGAGAUUUGCAAAGAACAACAACCUGAACAUUUCCUUCCGUGGCCAGGGGCACACAUACAACUGCGCUGCCUUCCAGCAGAACUCCCUAAAUCUCGACCUCCGCACCAUGGGCUCCACGGUAACGACCCGUAAGAUUGGCGAGGAUACCUUGGCAAUCUUGAGCCCAGGAUCCACGUUUCAGACCAUCAAAGACACCAUCUCCUCGCAAUUAUCCUUCACCCAUGGCACUUGCCCUACUGUUGGAGUCAUGGGCUUCCACCUGCAUGGUGGUUGGGGUGCGACCACCGACACCUGGGCCAACGAGUCGAUUGUGCAGAUGGAGGUGGUAACUGCUGAUGGGGCCUUGCAUACUUUGAAUGCCGAGAGUACGGGAGAAGAGGCUCAGCUGUGGAACGCGAUGCGAGUUGCAGGCUCUAGCUUUGGCAUUGUCACGGAGCUCACCAUCCGCCUUUUCAACCGGCGUGAGAGGCCAUACUUGGUUCUUCCGGUGCUGAACGACUUUGACUUUCUCCUCUCCAAGGUACCGAAUGGAGCGGCUUUUGGUUGGGUGGGCCUCGCACGUUGGGACAAAGUGUUCUACCCUCAAAGCACUGUUCUUGGGCAUGGGUGGAUACUUCAAAUUGUGCUAAACGAUCUGUAUCCUUGGACCUUGACAUCAGCUUUGUCAUGGGUGUUCUUCAAUGGCAUUCAGCUGGCUUUCUCGUACUUCGCUCAGAUACCGCCCAACAUACCAACCAAUGCCGAGACAUGGCUAAACGGCUUGUAUCCCUUCCAAGACUCUGCAGUCUUCACGCGCUUUUAUCCGCUUAGUGACAUUCGGGACAAGGCCAAAUUGUUGGAAAGCUUCCUCUCACAGCACGUCGACAACUGCCGAUAUAAUUUGGGUCCCCUUCAAGGAGAAUCUGCGCGACUGCCUUUGGUCACAGUGGAGUGUAACACUCUGCAGACGGCCGCCUUGUUGAAGGACUUUGUGCGACAGAACAGCGCAGUCCUUCUCCCUGACAAGCCGGGGUCUGGCUAUAUCAACCUCCCCCUGGAUGACACAAGUACUUAUCGGGAAGCGUACUUCCCCCAGUAUGACGAGCUGGCCGCCAUCAAGUGCCUGUGGGAUCCCAGUGAUCUCUUUUACAGUAGGGUUGGCAUUCAUCCGGAAGGUUGCUCCGGCUCAUGA